CUGCUUACAUCACUAACUAGCCAGUUCCCUCCAGCAGCGGAGGAGCUUCAUUUUCUGAUCUGCUUUUGUGCUAAAAUGGAGGCUGGCCUCUCGCCCUGAAGUGGAUUCGCCUUCCUGGUUGAGGUUUAGAUGUUGACAUGCAAUAAAUCUGGAGACAGGAUGGUUGUGGAUGCACCUAACUCCAAUGGGCCCUUUCAGCCGGUGGCUCUUAUGCACUUCAGAGAUGUGGCCCCCGCAGAGCAGGAGAAGCUCUUCAUCCAGAAGCUACGACAGUGCUGCGUUCUCUUCGACUUCCUGUCCGACCCGCUGAGCGACCUGAAAUGGAAGGAAGUGAAGCGGGCGGCGCUGAGCGAAAUGGUGGAGUACAUCACCCACAACAGGAAUGUCAUCACAGAGCCCAUCUACCCGGAGGUGGUGCAUAUGUUUGCAGUGAAUAUGUUCAGAACAUUGCCUCCGUCGUCCAACCCCACCGGAGCAGAGUUUGAUCCGGAGGAAGAUGAGCCAACACUUGAAGCUGCAUGGCCGCACCUCCAGCUCGUCUAUGAAUUUUUCCUUAGGUUUUUAGAAUCACCCGACUUUCAGCCUAACAUAGCGAAGAAAUACAUCGACCAGAAAUUUGUUAUGCAGCUCCUAGAACUAUUUGACAGCGAGGAUCCCAGAGAGAGAGACUUCCUCAAAACUACCCUCCACAGGAUCUAUGGAAAGUUCCUGGGGCUGAGAGCGUACAUCAGAAAACAGAUCAAUAACAUUUUCUAUAGGUUUAUCUAUGAGACAGAACACCAUAACGGUAUAGCUGAACUGCUGGAAAUACUUGGAAGCAUAAUCAAUGGAUUUGCCUUACCACUAAAAGAAGAGCACAAGAUUUUCCUGUUGAAGGUUUUAUUGCCUCUGCACAAAGUCAAAUCACUCAGUGUCUACCAUCCACAGCUGGCCUACUGUGUGGUGCAGUUUUUAGAAAAGGACAGCACUCUAACUGAGCCGGUGGUAAUGGCUCUCCUGAAGUACUGGCCAAAGACUCACAGUCCCAAGGAAGUGAUGUUCCUCAAUGAGCUGGAGGAGAUCCUGGACGUCAUCGAGCCGUCUGAGUUUGUGAAAGUGCAGGAGCCUCUCUUCAGACAGCUGGCCAAGUGUGUGUCGAGCCCACAUUUCCAGGUGGCAGAGAGGGCUCUGUACUACUGGAACAACGAGUACAUCAUGAGUCUGAUCAGCGACAACGCGGCAAAGAUACUGCCGAUUAUGUUCCCGGCUUUGUAUCGUAACUCUAAGACCCACUGGAACAAGACCAUCCACGGCCUCAUCUACAACGCUCUGAAGCUUUUCAUGGAGAUGAAUCAGAAGCUCUUUGAUGAUUGCACACAGCAGUUCAGGGCCGAGAAAAACAAAGAGAAGGCAAAGUCAAAAGAACGCGAAGAGGCUUGGCUCAAGAUCGAGAACCUCGCCAAGUCAAAUCCACAGUUCUCUAUGUAUGUUGAUUCCUCUGACCUCAAUAGUCCUGUAGCAAUGGAGACGGAUAUCCCUUUGAUAGAAGAUGUUCAGAGGUUAAAAAAGAGAGUUGAGGAGGGCGCGACUCAGUUGCAGCAUGAGCAGCGGAAAGAGCGGCCAAUGGUGCGACGCAAAUCUGAGUUGCCUCAGGAUAUCUACACCACAAAAGCCUUGGAGUCCCACCGCAGAGCUGAAGACAUGUUGACCACCCACGAUGGACUCUAGGUCCCACCACCUGCCGGCUCUUGGUUCAACUGCCCCCUUCUACCCUUGACAGCCAUGGACAUCCUCUUUGCCCAGGUGCCAGAGUUACACUGGCGACCCGUGUUGGGCUCCCCAACCAUCCCUCCUCUUACCUUGAGUUUACCCAGAAUCCUCAGUUCUGUUUCAUUCCUGCUGCCUCAGUGCAGAAGCCGUGUGUCCGCCUCCCUCAGAUUUCUGCUUUCUCAGGUUUUUUUUCUUUAUUUGGAGAGGAGCGGGAGUGUGUUUGUGUGUCUUUUAGCCCUCGCGACAUUCAGUGUGUUCUCCACCUAUUUCCCCUCACCUUCCUUUCUCCUUCCACCCAUGCCCCCCCCCUGUGCGCUCACUGUAAAUGUGGAACCUGGGAGUACGGACGCCACAACGCUGGUUUCUUCAUUCCUUCUUGCAAAACGUGUUCCCAAACGGAUUGGACAUGGAAACAUAGGAACUGACUGACUCACUGUCUAAGGAUCGUCUCUGCUUGGUUUUCUUUUCUUUCAAAGGGAACAAAAACAGAACCUGUUGGUCAGAUGAAAGACAAGACUUUCCUGUCAUCUGUUGUAUGUUUUCUUUUUAUGUUUUUUUUUUUUUUUUUUUUUUUUUUUUUUUUUUUUUUUUUUUAUUUGCUCAAUCUAACGGACAUCUUGUCAGUGCCAAGAUUGUUGUGUUCUUUAUGUUUGUUUCAUGUUUGUAUCUGUGACUUUUAACAGGGACGCCUGCCUUUUUUUUUUUUUUUUUAAACUGGUGUUUGAAACAAUUUCAUUUGCUUUAGUUUUUUUUUAGCACACCAGACCAAACUGAGGCCUGUCCUUAGCCUUGCAAUGUCCAGGAAAGAUGGCAAGGAAAGGAGAAGUUGUCUUGUGGACAUCCGACACUUUCCAUUUUAUUGUUUUGUGCCAUAUGACGCUCUACUUUUUACACGCUUGCUUCCUUUUACUUUCAUUGGCAAUAUUUGAAAACAAGACCGUAGUGAUGCCUUGACAGUUCAAACAAUGGUACUUACUGCUUUUGGAGUUGUAGUAGAUGAGAAUGAACCUGAAUGAAAGCAGUUUGCUAGCCAAGUUGCAGUAGAACUAUCCGUGGGACUCAGAUGCAAAUAAAGGCUGCGUAUAAAAUAAAAAGAUGUGAGAGCAGCAGCGGGAUGUUCAAGGUUGAGUGGUGGGUUUUAUAUAUACUGUAAAAUGAAUAGGGAUUAUCUUUGUAAAGGAAAUAUAAUCAGAUUAGUUUUUGUUGAAUGAGAGAGGAGGCACAGCUCUGUACUGUCACCUUAAAAACUCCACUUAAUGACGAUUUUUAGCAGCCGUUACUACAUUAGGACCUCUGCUCUUCUUUAAGAGCACGAAGGUGUGUUGGUACUGUAUGCUUUAAAGAUUUUAAUGUCCUCUAUAAUUAAAAAAAUAUUAAUUUAUGAUCAAACUUAAGAGCCGGUAACCUCAGUAGUUUAUUAACGUACUGACAUCAAACUAUUAACAGACUUAUGACUUGAUGAGAGCUACCAAAACAAUGACGUCUUUAAAAUUUAAAGGUGUGACAUGUUUGUGUUGCUGCCAUUCCUAAUUUCAGGUGUUUGGUGUGCGGGUUUUCAUAUAUUGUAUUCUUCUCAGUGAGGAAGUUGCUCAAGGUUGGAAAAUAUCUUCCGGUCAGUACCAUUGUUUAAACGAAGGAUGUCUGCUCGAGUUCUUCAUAUUUGAUGUGUUGUAUUUCUUUGUCUUGUCUCUGGAGGUUAGUAGCGUGGAUGUCAGGUUUUGGAUUUUUUUUUUUUUUUUUUAUUAAAUUUUUUUUAUUUCUUCUGGCCUUUCAGGAUGCCCAACGCUGAAACACACUGGUAUCAGAUGGCCACAAAAAUGCCAGAUGCUGAAAAUAAACUGACAUUGUGACUUGGCUUGUUAACUGUAUUAAUACUGUAUUUGCUUGAAUGCAAAAAGAUGUAAAUUAAAACUACCAUGUUAAACAUGUACCUUUUACCCUGGAGGAAUGCCAUUCACCAAACUGAUUGAUUUCUGUUGUUCGAGGUAAUUGCAUUUAUGAAACAGUCCUGCUUGCUGGGAGAGAUGUUUUAUGGAUUUUAUGAGUUUGAGUCAAGAGAUGUUUGAGGUUUAUUUUAGUGCUGAAAAACAAGUCACCCGUGAUAACGAGAUGAUUUUGAAAAUGAUUCGGUGGCUUGUUCUGUCUCUGCAGGAUCUUUGCAGAUCUUUUAAUUUUAACAUAUUAUUUCCAAAACAUGAUAACUUAAAGUGUCCUUUUGUAUGUGACCUGUACUAUAUGAUUCAUUUAAUAUUGUAUAUAUGAUUUACCUUGUUUCAUGUAGUGUUAUAUAUCUAGAUUAAUUUUGUACAAAUUGUCCCUCUGUACAGAAUAAAACAUCGAUAGCAAGUGAAAGAAGUCAAUCUGGCACAUACCGUCUUUUUCUUCUGUUCUGGAUGUACUUUCAGCGACAUAAGGAUUUAGAAAAUGUUCUUAUUUUUAUUAAAAUCUGCAACGUUUCUUCCCUCCUCUAUAUAACUGACAAAUGUUCAUGCCCAUUGUGUGCUCCUAUCACUGUCUUUAGUGGUGUACAACUAUAUAGAAUGAAUAAAGAGAUUAUUUGAAUAUA